AAAGAAGAGAGGGGCGGACAAGAAAUAAAUGAGGCUCUUGGUCUGAGCAAAGAAUUCUUCCAUCUUUUGUCCAGCACGGCCUAAACAACAAUCCCGCUGGGAGGAAAGCUGUAGCGGGUUGCACUGCGGCUGAGAAGACCAAGGCUCGAGGGGCGGGAACCUGAGACGGCAGCGCCGCCGCUCGGCUCCUCCCCUCAUCCCCGCCGUUGUUGCCGGUGCGGCCGGGCGCUGCUUCCUCCCUCCCUCCCUCCGUCUCCUCACCAUGGCUGCUGCAGCACAAAGCGCGAGUAAGCAUUGGAGGCCGCUCCCGUCGUGAGACACCCGUCAGCAUUCCUCCUUUGAGACACAGCCUGCUACCGUCCCACCCCAUUCCCGGCUGUCCGCCCGCUCGCCUGAUCCUCCAAGGCCGGAGACGGAGCCUAAACUCGACGAGGACGCGGCGGUACCUCUCCCGCCCCGCCGCCUAAGGGGAUGCGGCGGCUGAGGGGGGAGGAGGACGACAGCGACGACGACAGUGCCAGGCAGCCCGGCAGAGGCGGAGCCGGGAGUCGAUACUACUGCUGUUACUGCCGCCGCCGCCAAAACCGACGAGCUCGGCGAGAGGCCCCGACCGGGCGGCGGCGCUACUGAGGCUAAGGGGCUUAUCGCCGCCGCUACUAUCGAGGAGGAGGAGGUUUAGCAGUAGCUGAAUUACCGGCAGCCAGCGGGAGCCGUCUAUCCUUUCCCGCGUCCAUUGGGGCGCUGAAAAGCGCGCCCGCCCGCCCCGCUUCGGGACCAGGAAUUAGGCGCUUGAGAGCGACAGGAGACAAACCAAGCAGAGGGGCCAGGACGCAGUGACCGGCCCGGAGCAGAAAAGGGGCGAGAUGGCGUCGUACGUGGAUAACAACUUCCGCCAGGCGGUUAUGAAAAACCCGGUCGACAGGAGCCCCCAGGAUCUGGAGAUAGUGUAUUCUUAUUUACAUGGAAUGGAAGCUUUGUCAAAUUUGAGAGAACACCAGCUCCGAAUGAUGUGUGAAACGGUGAGAUAUGAGAGGCAUGAAGCAAAUGAAGUUUUGUACUACCCUGAUGAUAUUGGGACCUGUUGGUACAUUCUUCUGUCUGGUUCAGUAUUUAUUAAAGAAUCAAUGUUUCUUCCAAGGAGCAGUUUUGGCAAACGUUCUGCAGGAAGCUUCAGACGUGGCUGUGAAUGCAUUGUUCUAGAGCCAUCUGAAAUGAUUGUGGUGGAUUAUAUGGAUGAAAACGAGGAAUAUUUCCAGCGACAAGCAUCUCAUAGACAAUCUCGAAGGAGAUUUAGGAAAAUCAAUCAAAAAGGAGAAAGACAAACAAUUAUUGACACUGUGGAUGCUUAUCCUGUAGGGAAACCACCUUUACCUAGAGGUUAUCAUACGGAAUGCACUAAACAGCAGAUCAGAAAAGCUAGAAACAUAACUUCAGCAUUGUCCCUUCAAACUUGCUUUGCACAGUACUCUUCUUUUCAAGCAUUAACAGGUGUUCCUCUCACAAAGCUUCCUGCAGAUUUCACAAAACUGCAUCUCACUGACAGUCUGCACCCACAGGUGACCCACGUUUCAUCUAGUCAUUCAGGAUGUAGUAUCACUAGUGACUCUGGAAGCAGCAGUCUGUCUGAUAUCUACCAGGCCACAGAGAGUGAAGCUGGAGAUAUGGAUCUGAGUGGGUUACCAGAGACAGCAGUGGAUUCUGAGGAUGAUGAUGAUGAAGAGGAUAUUGAGAGGGCUUCUGAUCCUCUAAUGAGCAGGGAUAUUGUUAGAGAUUGCCUGGAGAAAGACCCAAUAGACAGGACGGAUGACGAUAUUGAGCAACUCCUGGAAUUCAUGCAUCAGUUACCAGCUUUUGCUAAUAUGACAAUGUCAGUGAGGAGAGAACUCUGUGCUGUGAUGGUAUUUGCAGUCGUAGAAAGGGCAGGGACCAUAGUUCUAAACGACGGAGAAGAGCUGGACUCCUGGUCUGUUAUUUUGAAUGGUUCUGUGGAAGUAACAUAUCCUGAAGGAAGAACAGAAAUAUUAUGCAUGGGAAACAGUUUUGGUGUUUCCCCUACCAUGGACAAAGAAUACAUGAAAGGAGUAAUGAGAACCAAAGUGGAUGAUUGCCAGUUUGUGUGCAUAGCCCAGCAAGAUUAUUGCCGCAUUCUCAAUCAAGUGGAAAAAAACAUGCAGAAAGUAGAAGAGGAAGGAGAGAUUGUUAUGGUAAAAGAGCAUAGGGAAUUGGAUCGCACUGGAACAAGAAAGGGGCACAUUGUUAUCAAGGGAACGCCGGAAAGGUUAACAAUGCAUUUGGUGGAAGAACAUUCAGUGGUUGAUCCAACUUUCAUAGAGGAUUUCCUGUUGACCUACAGGACCUUUCUUUCCAGCCCAGUGGAAGUGGGGAAGAAAUUAUUGGAGUGGUUCAAUGAUCCUAGCCUCAGGGAUAAGGUUACACGGGUAGUAUUGUUGUGGGUGAACAAUCACUUCAAUGAUUUUGAGGGAGAUUCUGCAAUGACUCGUUUUCUGGAAGAAUUUGAGAACAAUUUGGAAAGAGAGAAAAUGGGUGGACAUCUGAGGCUCUUAAAUAUUGCAUGUGCUGCAAAAGCUAAACGAAGAAUGAUAACAUUAACAAAGCCAUCUCGGGAAGCUCCUUUGCCUUUCAUAUUGUUGGGAGGAUCUGAAAAGGGAUUUGGUAUCUUUGUUGACAGUGUAGAUUCAGGUAGCAAAGCCACUGAAGCAGGAUUGAAACGUGGUGAUCAGAUAUUGGAGGUGAAUGGCCAAAACUUUGAAAACAUUCAACUAUCAAAAGCCAUGGAAAUUCUUCGAAAUAACACACAUUUAUCUAUCACUGUGAAAACUAACUUAUUUGUUUUUAAGGAACUUCUGACAAGGCUGUCCGAGGAGAAAAGAAACGGUGCUCCUCAUCUGCCUAAAAUUGGUGAUAUUAAAAAAGCAAGCCGUUACUCUAUCCCAGAUCUUGGAGUUGAUGUGGAACAGGUGAUAGGAUUGGAAAAAGUAACCAAGAAGAGCAAAGCCAAUACUGUUGGUGGACGAAACAAGCUAAAGAAGAUACUAGACAAAACCCGCAUCAGUAUCCUGCCUCAGAAACCAUACAAUGAUAUUGGAAUUGGCCAAUCUCAGGAUGACAGCAUUGUAGGGUUGAGGCAGACCAAGCACAUUCCUCCUGCUCUACCAGUGAGUGGAACACUGUCUUCAAGCAAUCCUGACUUAAUGCAGUCACAUCACCGCAUAUUAGAUUUCAACACAACUCCAGAUUUGCCAGACCAGGUUCUGAGGGUUUUUAAAGCAGACCAGCAAAGCCGCUACAUCAUGAUCAGUAAGGACACAACUGCAAAGGAAGUAGUUAUUCAAGCAAUCCGAGAAUUUGCUCUUACUACCACCCCAGAUGCAUAUUCUUUAUGUGAAGUCUCAGUCACUCCAGAGGGUGUAAUCAAGCAGAGGAGACUCCCAGAUCAACUUUCCAAGCUUGCUGACAGGAUACAGCUUAGUGGAAGGUAUUAUCUGAAGAAUAAUAUGGAGACAGAAACAUUGUGUUCAGAUGAAGAUGCUCAGGAACUGCUGAGAGAGAGUCAAAUUUCUCUACUGCAACUUAGUACUGUCGAGGUGGCUACCCAGCUCUCUAUGCGUAACUUUGAAUUGUUCCGUAACAUUGAACCUACGGAGUACAUAGAUGACUUGUUUAAAUUAAAAUUGAAGUCUAGCUGUUCUAACUUGAAAAAGUUUGAAGAAGUAAUAAACCAAGAAACCUUUUGGGUAGCAUCGGAGAUUCUGCGAGAAACCAACCAGCUGAAAAGGAUGAAGAUAAUUAAGCACUUCAUUAAGAUAGCAUUACACUGCAGGGAAUGCAAGAACUUCAACUCCAUGUUUGCAAUAAUAAGUGGCCUGAACUUAGCUCCAGUUGCAAGACUACGUACCACUUGGGAGAAACUUCCAAGCAAAUACGAAAAAUUGUUUCAAGAUCUUCAGGAUUUAUUUGAUCCAUCUAGGAAUAUGGCAAAAUACCGCAAUGUCUUGAAUAGCCAAAACCUACAGCCUCCCAUUAUUCCAUUGUUCCCUGUAAUCAAAAAGGACCUUACAUUCCUUCAUGAAGGAAAUGACUCCAAAGUGGAAGGUUUGGUCAAUUUUGAAAAACUAAGAAUGAUUGCAAAAGAGAUUCGCCAUGUGGGCCGAAUGGCUUCUGUUAACAUGGAUCCUGCUUUAAUGUUCAGGACUAGGAAGAAGAAGUGGAGGAGUUUGGGGUCUCUCAGUCAAGGCAGUACAAAUGCAGCAGUACUUGAUGUUGCACAAACAGGUGGGCAUAAAAAGCGAGUCCGUCGCAGCUCCUUCCUCAAUGCCAAAAAGCUGUAUGAAGAUGCCCAGAUGGCUCGGAAAGUCAAGCAGUAUCUUUCUAAUUUGGAUCUGGAAAUGGAUGAAGAAAGCCUCCAGGCGCUCUCUCUGCAAUGUGAACCAGCCAGCAAUACAUUACCCAAGACUCCAGGGGACAAACGGUCUGGGAAGCCUGAAACAUCCCCAGUUGCACACAGGUCAGCGAUCCAGCAGAAGAUGCAGCAGCAGAAAGCAAACCAAGCACUGCAAGUCCCUGCAGUAUCACUUUAUCCCUCCCGUAAGAAAGUGCCUGUCAAGGAUCUGCCACCCUUUGGCAUAAACUCUCCACAAGCUUUAAAGAAAAUUCUUUCACUCUCUGAAGAGGGAAGUUUAGACCGUCAUAAGAAACAAGCUGAGGACACAAUUUCAAAUGCAUCUUCACAGCUGUCGUCUCCUCCCACCUCACCUCAGAGCUCUCCAAGAAAAAGUUAUACUCUGGCUCCCAGUGGCACUGUGGAUAACUUUUCAGACUCUGGUCAUAGUGAAAUUUCCUCCAGAUCUAGCAUUGUCAGCAAUUCUUCUUUUGAUUCCAUGCCAGUGCCACUACAUGAUGACAGAAGACAGAGGCACUCUGUUAGCAUUGUGGAGACUAAUCUUGGAGUGGGCAGGAUUGACCGAAGAGCCAUGAUUGAACCAGAUCAGUACAGCCUAGGCUACUACCCACCAUUGUCAGAGAACAGAGGCUUGUAUGCUGGGGCAACCAUGCUUUCUUCUCCCAGUACUGAGGAGCUAUCACAGGAUCAGGGAGAUCGAGCAUCGCUUGAUGCAGCUGAUAGCGGCCGUGGCAGUUGGACUUCUUGCUCAAGUGGUUCCCAUGACAACAUACAGACAAUACAGCACCAGCGAAGUUGGGAGACUCUUCCUUUUGGACAUGCUCAUUUCGAUAGUUCAGGCGAUGGGGCAGGACUGUGGGCCUCAGGCAGCCACAUGGACCCGAUGAUGUUCUCCGAUCAUGGCACAAAGUAUGGCAGGCAGAGUCAAGGUAGGGAGGGCCUUGAUCAAGCACAGUCCAGAGCAAGCUGGGCAUCCUCCACAGGCUACUGGGGAGAGGACUCUGAAGGUGAUACAGGUACCAUAAAACGGAGGGGUGGGAAGGAUGUGUCAAUUGAAGCUGAAACGAGUAGCAUAACAUCUAUAACAGCAGAGGAUUCAAAGCCAGUUCCCAUGCCAGCUCAUAUAGCUGUGUCAACAAGUAAUGCAAAGGGUCUCAUUGCUCGAAAAGAGGGCCGCUAUCGUGAACCACCACCAACACCACCUGGUUAUGUAGGAAUACCCAUUGCUGACUUUGCUGAAGGAGUUUCCCACCCAACCCGAAAACCUCCAGAUUACAACAUAGCACUUCAGAGGUCUCGGAUGGUGGCACGGUCAAGCGAAGCCCCUGGAACUUCAGCUUCACAGCAACAAUCACAGGGUCAUUCAUCUAGCAGGCCUGUUAACAAACUUCAGUGGCACAAACCAAAUGAGUCAGACCCACAUCUUGCUCACUAUCAGUCUCAAGGGUUUUCCACAGAGGAAGAUGAAGAUGAACAAGUCUCUGCCGUCUAAGAACUGGGGCUUUUUGGAUCCUGAGUGAGCCAGCUUAAAGGAGAGCACAAGAUGACAUCCCUAGUAUAGGAGCCUUGGAACUCUAAAGGAUGGUGGACCUGUUUGCCUCCUUCCCUGCCUUAAAGCAGCAUGGGGCUUCUUCUCCCCCUUUCUCUUCCACUCUUCUUUCCCUUGCAUGUGAAAUACUGUGAAGAAAUUGCCCUGGCACUUUUCAAACUGUGUUGCUUGAAAUGCACAGUGCAGCAUUCUGUCAGCUACCACUGUUGCUAUCUGCCACAUCACACAGUAUCAUUCCAAAUUCCAACAUCUGCGCAUCACAAUGAAUAACUCUGACUGCACUCCCCCGAUGCCUGGAAGCAUUUUUAAAAAACCUUCCUCAGAUUUUAAUCACCUUGUUGGGAUAAUGAAAUCUAGUUGACAAGCUACAUUUGGCCUUUAACCUCCUAAGAGAAACAUGUUGAAUUCUUUCAAGUACACAGUGCUUGUUUGCUUGUUUACAAUGCCUUUGUUGCUACUCUAAAUGUUGUGUUCUGGGGGGAGGGGAGUUACACCUGCCUAAUUUCAGUAUUAUUUUGUACUUUUUCAGAAGGGUUUUUUUUUUAAACCUAUGUGCAAAGUAAAGGUGGUCUAUAGGAAGGAUUCAGCCUUUCAUUUGACUUUCAAGCUUCAUUUUUAGUGUUCCACUCAAAGCACAGAUGAUCAAUUUUGGAAUUGCUGGUUUUGUUGAUUUGUAUCUAAUAAUGCAGGACAGUUUAGUCCUGUAUUAGUAUAGAUGCAGAUAUGUUUUGCAUCCCUUUCCUGUGCCUUGAGGAAUAUGGAAUGGUGGGUGAAAACAUUUGUCACAUUUAGAUGACAAAUGGCAAUCUCAUCUUUUACUUAAAAUAUUUUCCCUUUUUUUACCCUUGUACAAUAGUAACAGUUGUUGUCACACAGAAAUUAUCAGGAUAAUACUACAGUUAAGGCAGUUCAAGACACUGCAGCUAAUGCCAACCCUGAUCUAAUAGCCUCCUUUUUAUUGACUUGGCAUUAGGAAAUAGUAAACCCUUUAAAUAAAGAGGAACAAUCAGUAUAGACCAACUAGCCUUUGCAGUGCAAAAAUAUUCACAACUGUGGAUGGCUUUUAUGGAACACUGCAUGUGUAGAGAAGGCAAUCGGUAGCAAUCAUGUGCUCACAGCUGCUAUUAACCCUUGAGUGACUGAAAUGAAAUGACACCCCUUUCUGUUUUUGUGUUGGUUUUGCACAGACUCCGGGAAAGUGAAGGCUGCCAAUCCGAGUAGUACUCAAAUAUGAGGAACUGCUGGUCUUGGAUUUUUACAUUGAACUCAGCUGAUCAUAUUGAUCAGUAGAUAAAAGUAAAUAACUUCAACCUUUAAAGAUCAAAUUGCAGUGUUUUUUCACUGUAUUGAACAAUGUCAGUGCUUUAUUUAAUUCUUUCUCUUGUAUCCAUGGCUUUUUGACUUAUUUGCUUAUAUAUCAUAUUGUCAAAUAUACAUUUGUAAUUUUACAUGUAAUAUGCAUUUGCCAGUUUCAUUAUAUAGGGUAUGGACCUCAUGUGCAUAUAGCAAGAAAGAACAAACCUAGCUGUAUCACAAGUUGCACAAAUGUUAUAUAGGCAUUAAGUAAUUGUAGACCAUAGGACUGCUAAUCUCAGUUCACUCUGUGAUGUCAAGUGCAGAAUGUACAACUAACUGGUGAUUUCCUCAUACUUUUGAUACUACUUGUACCUGUAUGUCUUUUAGAAAGACAUUGGUGGAGUCUGUAUCCCUUUUGUAUUUUUAAUACAAUAAUUGUACAUAUUGGUUAUAUAUUUUUGUUGAAAAUGGUAGAAAUGUACUAUGUUUAUGCUUUUAUCCAGUUUGUAUGA